AAGAGUCAGCACCAACGGCGCCAGACCGAGUACCUCAAAAGUUUUAUUUUCUAUUAUAUCUUUCACAUGCAGCAAUCUCUCUUCAAUUACGAGGGAUUCCAUAGCGAUUGGCGUUGAAUGGGUUACGGAGUACAACACCGGUACAGGAAUGGAUUCCCGACCUGGGAACCCGGGAACCGCGUCUGCGAUGGGUACGCACAGGCAUUAGACGAUUGGGGGGGAGGGGUCUUUUGUUGCAUUACCCAAUUCGAUGCAGCCCCGGGAGGAUUGUACACUACCUUUUUUGUUUCGUUUUUCUUUACAUUCUUCCCCCACCUUCCUGCGUCAAGGGACCUUCGAUCUGAUACCCCCUUUUUUCAUCUUACAUAGUUGGUCAACAUUUUUGUUUCGCUCACGAUGCACAUAUAGCAGCCACAUCAAGUAGCUUCAUGAUCUGUCCUGUCCAGAUCACAUGACUAGUCUCACGUCCAUUU